AAAACAGGAGGGAAGCCCUUAAACCAAUUUCAAAGUCUUCUCUCUCACUCUCCAACUCCUUCUUCUGCUGCUGCUUCAAUUCGAAGCUGUCUUCUUGUCCUUUUCAAAUAUACAUACAUACUUAUAUAUAUACAACUGCUUCCCUGUAUUUGUCCUCUUCUCCGAGGUGUAGCCGUGCCGGUUGCCCCUUCGAACUAGGGUUUCUUCCCCCUCCUGCGAUUUCUAGGGUUUAUCACUCUCCCAUGGCGGCGGAGAAGCUUAGGGAUUUGAGUCAGCCGAUUGAUGUCGCAUUGCUUGACGCCACUGUCAAUGCUUUCUAUGGCACUGGAUCUAAGGAGGAGAGGGCUGCUGCUGAUCAUAUUUUGCGUGAUUUGCAAAAUAACCCAGACAUGUGGCUUCAAGUGGUUCACGUCCUAUCCAGCACACAAAACUUGAAUACCAAAUUUUUUGCUUUACAGGUUCUAGAAGGUGUCAUAAAGUAUAGAUGGAAUGCUUUGCCUGUUGAGCAACGAGAUGGGAUGAAAAAUUACAUCUCUGAACUUAUUGUGAAGCUUUCAAGUGAUGAAGCAUUUCUUCGGCGAGAAAGAUUAUAUCUGAACAAAUUAAAUGUUAUUUUGGUUCAGAUUUUGAAGCACGAGUGGCCAACAAGAUGGCGAAGCUUCAUUCCUGAUUUAGUUGCUGCGGCAAGGACAAGUGAAACUAUUUGUGAGAAUUGCAUGGCUAUAUUGAAGCUUCUUAGUGAGGAGGUUUUUGAUUUCUCAAGGGGUGAAAUGACUCAGCUGAAGAUCAAAGAGCUAAAACAGUCACUAAACAGUGAGUUUCAACUCAUUCAUGAGCUAUGUCUAUAUGUGCUCUCUGCAUCUCAAAGAACUGAGCUUAUCAGGGCUACUCUUGCUACAUUACAUGCUUUCCUCUCAUGGAUUCCUUUGGGUUAUAUUUUUGAAUCUCCACUGCUGGAAACACUACUUAAAUUUUUCCCUGUCCAUGCUUAUCGUAACCUUACACUUCAGUGCCUGACAGAGGUUGCUGCACUCAGUUUUGGAGAUUUUUACAAUAUGCAGUAUGUGAAGAUGUACACCAUCUUCAUGGCCCAGCUGCAGACCAUUCUUCCACCCAAUACAAACAUCCCUGAGGCUUAUGCACAAGGCACCAAUGAAGAUCAGGCAUUUAUUCAGAAUUUGGCAUUAUUUUUCACCUCGUUCUUUAAGUCCCAUAUUCGGGUGUUGGAGAAUUCCCAGGAAAAUAUAAAUGCACUACUGAUGGGUCUUGAAUAUCUUAUUAACAUCUCAUAUGUGGAUGACACUGAGGUUUUCAAGGUCUGCUUGGAUUAUUGGAAUUCUUUAGUUCUGGAGCUGUUUGAAGCACAUCAUAAUGUAGACAACCCUGCAAUGACUGCAGCUCUCAUGGGGCUACAGAUGCCAAUGCUUCCUGGUAUGGCUGAUGGUUUGGGUGCACAACAGAUGCAAAGGCGUCAACUUUAUGCUGGUCCAAUGUCUAAGUUGAGGUUACUAAUGAUAUGUCGCAUGGCAAAGCCUGAAGAGGUUCUUAUUGUGGAAGAUGAAAAUGGGAAUAUUGUCCGUGAAACAAUGAAGGAUAAUGAUGUUCUUGUGCAAUAUAAGAUCAUGAGGGAAACACUAAUCUACCUGUCACAUCUUGACCAUGAAGAUACAGAAAAGCAGAUGCUUAGAAAACUUAGCAAGCAACUAGAUGGUGAGGAUUGGUCAUGGAACAAUCUUAAUACAUUAUGCUGGGCAAUUGGAUCCAUAUCUGGGUCUAUGAUGGAGGAGCAAGAAAAUAGAUUUCUUGUGAUGGUGAUUCGUGACUUGUUGAAUCUCUGUGAAAUUACCAAGGGCAAGGACAACAAAGCAGUCAUUGCAAGUAAUAUAAUGUAUGUGGUUGGGCAAUAUCCACGUUUUUUAAGGGCCCAUUGGAAGUUUUUGAAGACUGUUGUGAACAAGUUAUUUGAGUUCAUGCAUGAAACUCAUCCUGGCGUUCAGGACAUGGCCUGUGACACAUUUUUGAAGAUUGUUCAGAAAUGCAAACGCAAAUUUGUUAUUAUCCAGGUUGGAGAGAAUGAGCCAUUUGUAUCGGAACUCUUAACAACUCUUCCAACAACUAUUGCAGAUCUAGAGCCACAUCAGAUCCAUUCAUUUUAUGAAUCUGUUGGUCAAAUGAUUCAAGCUGAAUCUGACGCUCAGAAGAGGGAUGAAUACUUGCAGAGGUUGAUGCAACUUCCUAAUCAGAAAUGGGCUGAGAUUAUAGGGCAGGCACGCGUAAGUGUAGAUUACUUGAAAGAUCAAGAUGUUAUUAGAGGUGUGCUAAACAUUUUACAGACAAAUACUAGUGCUGCCAGCUCGCUUGGGACAUACUUCUUAUCACAGAUUACUCUUAUCUUUUUGGACAUGCUUAAUGUGUAUAGAAUGUACAGUGAGCUUAUAUCAACUAGCAUUGCACAAGGAGGACCCUUUGCAUCUCGAACCUCCGUUGUAAAACUCUUGCGUUCGGUGAAGAGGGAAACUCUGAAGCUCAUUGAGACAUUUUUGGAUAAGGCAGAGGAUCAACCACAUAUAGGAAAGCAAUUUGUGCCCCCAAUGAUGGACCCAGUUCUGGGUGACUACGCCCGGAAUGUUCCUGAUGCUAGAGAAUCUGAAGUUCUCUCUCUUUUUGCAACUAUUAUAAACAAGUAUAAGAGCACAAUGAUAGAUGAUGUUCCACGCAUAUUUGAAGCUGUAUUUCAGUGUACUUUGGAGAUGAUUACAAAAAAUUUUGAAGAUUAUCCUGAACAUCGGCUCAAGUUCUUCUCCUUACUACGUGCAAUUGCUACUCAUUGUUUCCCUGCUUUGAUACGGCUGUCAACUGAGCAACUCAAGCUGGUGAUGGAUUCCAUCAUUUGGGCAUUCAGGCACACUGAAAGGAAUAUUGCAGAAACCGGUCUUAACCUCUUACUGGAGAUGCUUAAAAACUUUCAGGCAUCAGAGUUCUGUAACCAAUUCUAUAGGACAUACUUUUUGACCAUUGAGCAAGAAACCUUUGCUGUUCUGACAGAUACAUUUCACAAACCUGGCUUCAAAUUGCACGUGUUGGUACUUCAGCAUUUAUUCUGUGUGGUCGAGUCUGGAAUGUUGACUGAGCCACUAUGGGAUGCAUCAACAGUAACUUAUUCUUAUCCUAAUAAUGCAGUGUUUGUACGGGAGUACACCAUUAAACUUCUUAGUACUUCCUUCCCCAACAUGACUUCUUCUGAGGUUACCCAAUUUGUUAGUGCACUGUUUGAAUCAACAAAUGACCUCUCAGUAUUCAAGAAUAACAUACGAGACUUCCUCGUGCAAUCAAAAGAGUUCUCAGCUCAGGAUAACAAGGAUCUGUAUGCUGAGGAAGCUGCUGCACAGCGGGAAAGAGAACGACAACGGAUGCUUUCCAUUCCUGGGCUAAUUGCUCCCAAUGAGAUACAGGAUGAGAUGGUGGACUCGUAAAACCAAAACCAGUGGCUGCCUAGGCUUAUUUAAUUUGGUUGUUAAUAUGCCUCCCUCUGGAGUCGUAACCGGAGGAUGUUUAGUUGUCAAAUUUAUCCAGUUUGCGGUAUUUUCUCAUUGUGUAGGGUGACUCAAGCACAAUGCCUUUACCGUUACAAGGGGAGGAUUAGCCGAUGUAGAGAAUUUAGCUUCUAAUUGAGGAACACAGGAUAUGCCAUUUUAUGGUUUCCCCAGUUUUAGUCUUGGUAUUGUAAUUCAUUGGAGAGUUGAAAUUGGCACCCACCCAUCCUAGGUAGUACAAUUGAAAUAGGUUUUGGUGUAUACAAAAUUGGGUAGUUGUGAAGAUACCAUUUUUGUUUAUUUGUAGGGCAGUAAAAUGUAUUUUCUGAAUUGGUGCAUUAAUUUUCUAUGCUAUACAGUACCUUUUUAUUA